CAACUGCGGAUAAGUAAAACCUGCGAAUUCAGGCCAUUUUGACUUUUGCGUCGUCUCUCUGGAUAAAGAUUUCUUUUAGAGUAAUUUCAUUCGAAAAAUUGCAGUUUUCUGUUAUCGGUAAAUAACCAUUCAGUUUCUAGAUAAAAGUUCAAUUGCUCUUGAUUAUCCUACCUAUUAUAUAUGAUUGAAUUUUUAUUAUAAACGAACCAGUAAAAUUUAAAAUGGCGGGAGGACUGCAUCUUGAGCAAUAUCUUGACAAUAAUGCUGAUCAGGAGAAUGUGCCACCACCUCAGAUUUUGCCUGCCAUUUGUGCACUUGAGUUUCCUCGCUCUCUCAGAUCUGCACUCAAAGGUUUGGAGAGUCUUCCAUGUGAGCUGCAGCGCAAUUUCCUACAAAUGCGAGAGCUAGACCAGCAAACACAAGACCUCAUGUGCACCAUAGAUACAGCAUCAGACAUGUAUUUGAAGGAGGUUUGUCUCUUACCAAGUGAAGAGCGUUCAGAAAAAAUCAAUAAAAUAUUGAAGAUGUUCAGCAGAGCAAAGGAGUACAGUGACAACAAAGUGCAUCUUGCCGUUCAGACUUAUGAGUUGGUGGACAAACACAUCAGACGCCUGGACUCAGACCUGGCUAAGUUUGAAGCUGAAGUGAAGGAGAAGCCACUUCUUCAGGCCAACAAAAAGGAAGAGGAGGUUGCAUCCAAGAAAAAAGGUCGUAAGAAGAAGGAGGAGGUGCCUCUGAGCAAGGCUGGUAAGCUGAAAAAGAAGAAGCGUCCAGGGGCUGCUGCGUCGGACGAUGAGGAGUUACCUGUCAAAACUGCUGCUGGCCGCAAGAAGAAGAAAAUACGUGAAGAAGGCGCGUCAACAGCAAGCGGCGGCAGCAGCGCGACGAGCAUUGCUUCUGUGCUACCAGCAUUGUCAGCUCUCUCCGCCAUCGUCCACCCCAGCGAGGCCAUGGACAUGCCUGUGGACCCCAACGAGCCUACAUACUGUCUCUGCCAUCAGGUCUCCUAUGGCGAGAUGAUUGCCUGCGACAAAGCCGAUUGCCCCAUUGAGUGGUUCCACUUCGCGUGUGUAAACCUUACGACGAAGCCCAAAGGCAAGUGGUACUGCCCGCGUUGUAGUGCAGACGUCAAGAAGAAGAAAUGAGAGUUCCACUUCCAGACUGCGUGACUCAUCAAAAUAUAUCUCGUUUAUCCUACUUCCUACUGCGAUGCGCCUGAGAGUGUAUCUCGUUUACCCUACUUUCUCUAAUGCGAUGCGCCUGAGAGUAUAUCUCGUGUAUCCUACCUUCCAACUUCGAUGCGCCUGAGAGUAUAUUUCGUGUUCCUACCUUCUCUGCUCAGCUUCCUACCACCUGUUUCUUUUCAACUCUCAAAUGCUUUAAUGUUCUGGAACCUUUUUUAAAAAAUCGUUGAUUAUUUUGUUUAAAUAAUUGCACUUUUAGGCCAUAAACACAUUCCACUGUGUAAUUUUUGAUCUGAGUGACAUUUAUGAUUUGGACAUUAUUUUGGAGGUAUAAAAAUUCAGUUACAAUAACUUUUCAUUAUUGAUUUUGAUUAACAGAAUAGGACUGGCUACAAGCACACAUGACUUGUGUGGCAAAGCUUUUGAUUAACUUGUGAUGUUUUCCCUUCGGUCUUUAGUCAUAGGUAGCACAUAUUGAAUGGAAGUUUAUUGAGUUUAAUCGGACCAUUCGUGAAGAGGCGAGUGAAUGAUUCAUUUUGCUAUCGCCUUUCUGUACAUAUUGUUGUUCAGUUGUGUGUAGAUGGAUAAUUUUAUCGUACUAUGCAAGUAUUUCUUUUUUCAGUUUAAAUUUUUUGUUGAAGUGACUGCAGUUCCGGAAAAUUCCUGGUUUCACCCUUCCUCUUCUGCCAUGGCAGCACUUCUGUUUUAACGCGCUUUUUCACCACUUGCCUCUUCACUAUUGACUAGCGUAUUCAUUGAACUACGAUUAUUAACUUGCCGAAACAUUUUUGGCGCGUGGAUAGGGGCGAUAUAUAGGGGUGUCAUGAAAACUAAACCAACCUUUUAUUUGAUACGUCUUCAUUUCAAAUUGGCAAGUGCAAUUUUAUAUUAUUUCUACAGCGUAUGGUUGAAAAAAAAAAAUUCAUUCUACUUACCGAGCUCAAAGGGACAUUUUUGCGGACCUGACUCGUCUCAAUCUUGCCGGUUAUGUUUGUGCAGAAUUUUCUUUUGCAAACUUUAUUUUUCUUUUCCUCAAUGUUAGGAACACGCGCAUUUACAGUAAGAUUUCUUUUCUCCCUAUAAAGCUGAAGGAUGAAAUAGAAAUAAAUUCUAACGUUUAUUUGCUGGUACUAGCGUCUCGAGCAAAAAUUGUUAAUUAAACAAUUUAAUUAAUGAUUAUUGUCGCGUCGAAUAACCUUUAUUCAUCAAAUGAUACACAAUAGAAUGCAACUAAAUUUUUCUACUUAGAGACUAGUGUGGUCUUUGCUUAGUGCGACUAUGGUUGAUAAUUUUAUUCCCUUCUACAAAUUUUCAUAUAUUUUGAGUCGCGUGCAAAUCCGAAACAAUUGACGACAAGUGUUAAAUGUAAGUACAAAGUAUUGAUACUGUAAGGUUGCGAUCUCGAUAAAGACUGAAGGAAAAGUAACUAUGUCUAGAAUGAUCGUCGUUAACAAAGUCAUGCAAAUCAACUGAUUAUACUCGCUUUUCGGCCGGUAACCACCUGAUUAAUACAAUCAAUUCCUAAAGAGAACUUGGUCAGUCGUAAUCGGUAAUAAUAUACUUGUCCAAAUCUGUGGAAAUAUUGUACACUAUCUUACGUUUCAUUGUACAUUGUGCUCCUCUAACCUUUAAGUGAAGAAAACUAGCAUGUUAUUA